AUGUUUUCAAAUACUCCUUUAAACAAUCCAUUUCAAAAAUUCUCAGCAACAAAAACAUAUUCAUCCGCUCCCACCGAUGUCAGUUUCGAUUUCACGCGAUUGCACGUAACCACGCUUCGCAACAACCUCCAACAAAAUAGCAACCUCCUAGCUGACAACAUGAACGUGGCCUUCAGGGAAACAUACAUCUGGACAUGCAGAUUCACAAACAGGCAUACAGACAAACCAUUGGAUGCAGUGGCCAACAUCAACCUCUGCUACCUUCUCUUCACGUGCUUCAUGCUCUUCCUUUUGUUUUACGUCAGAAUUGACCAGGACAGCAUCGUCCUCUAUUCAGCUAGCCACAUUGUGGCCGUAUUCGCAGUGAUAUUCACCUCAACGCUUUUGACCAGUCUACUGCAGUUGUUUUAUAGAUCUGUUUCGCUAAAGACAGGCUGUUUCAUAAAGAAUUUUGAGUACAUAUACUACCCUGGUAGGAAUAACCGGAGGAUUAUACAGCAGCAGAUGUCAAACAAUGCGAAAAUGAUGAGCCAGAAUGCUUCUAAUGUUAAUUGCGAUGAAUGGUCAGGAUCAGCUGCGGUUGAUGAUGAAGAUGAAGAAGAUGGUAGUGCUGUUAGUGAUAAUGGUGAUAGUGUGGGUUAA